UGUUGGGUUGUCCACUCUGAUCUCAGGGAUCAGCACAAACUGCAAAAGAUAAAGUGCUUGACGGAAGAUAUUGUCGUCUUCUUCGCACAAAAGAAAUUCCAAACUGUACUAUAUAUACAUAUAUACACUACUACUACAUCAUAAUCUGUCCAAUACUCUUUUAUCUCUCUGAUUCACACUGGGUACAUUAUUACAGAUAAGUAUAAGGAAUAACGCGUUCCGGUUGAAAGAACUUCCUUCAUCCUGGAAUUUGUAAUUACAGAAUUCUCCACUUUGUACAACUAUAUAUCUAAAUGGGAACGACGGAUCAAGUUCGCGAAUCCUGCUUCUAUCAGGAGUGGAUGAACCUCCAGGAAGAAGAACUCUCGGAGUUGAACCGAGCCAUUUCUCUGAAUGCAAAUGGGCGCACCGCCGAUGCUGAACUGACACGAUUAAUCGAGAAAAUCAUGGACCAUUAUCAAGAUUACGUGCAGAGACGAAGCCUGAUGGCGCGAGCCGAUGUCUCGCCCUAUUUCGCUCCCACCUGGUGCACCUCCCUCGAGAGAUCGGUCCUGUGGAUCGGUGGCUGCAGACCCUCCUCGUUUGUCCGCCUAAUUUACGCUCUCUGUGGCGAGGAAAUUGAGUCGCAUCUUUCCGAGUUCCUUCGUGGGGUGAGAAUUGGGCACUUGGGGGAGCUUUCCGGGAGGCAAAUAUCCAUGGUGGACGAGUUGCAGAGCAAAACGAUAAGAGAAGAGAGGAAGCUUUGCACCCGGCUGGCGGGGUUGCAGGAGAACGUGUUGGAUCACCCGUUGGCGUCGAUCGCUGUGAAAACGCGGGGAAGGAGCUGCGAAGUGAGCGAUAAUUUGGAGGAUGCGCUGGAUAAGCAUGGCCGUGCAAUGGCAGAGAUUUUGGGAGAGGCUGAUCAGUUAAGGCUGAAUACAUUGAGGGAGGUUGUAGGGAUACUAACGCCACGGCAGGCGGUGGAUUUCCUGGCGGCGGGUAAGAAACUCCGACUUUGCAUGCAAGAUUGGGGGAAGAAGAACGAUCUUGAUCAUGGUAGGAAUUCGGCUAAUUAAUGAGUCGGAGGUUUUGCCCAGCUAAGCUACCUUUCUUUGUUAAUUCGAACGUAGGCUUGUAAUUUCUGUAUGUUACAAGUGGAUUAUGUUUUUGGUGUUGGUUCUGUAAUAAAGAGCAGGAGGUACUUGGGUAUAAAAUUAGCAGGAUAUACCUAUAUAAUCUAUGUGUAAUAAUUAAUGUUGGUUCUCUUGUAGAUUGUAAUAAUUUUUUGUGAGAAAUAGGAGGUUAGCAAAAAACAGUUCCUUUCUUUUUCUCCUUUGAAGUAAAAACCUAAUGUCUUUUAUUGUA